AUACAAUACAGCUUUGAUAGCUAAGGCCAUGGCAAUAAUCUGAAAUUCCUAACCCUAACUUCACGUUUGUUUACACUUUUGAAUUUUCAUUUGAUAUUUGUUGUUAACUCUACUGUUGGAUGUUGUAACUUGUAACCUCGCAAAUGCUACAAUUUUAAUAUUUUUGUAAAUCCAACAGGAAGUUUAUGAAUUCUGCAACCAUGCUAUUCUCUGCCGAACUCACAGAAGUUAAAGUGGUGCAUAAUGUAUUAAAAUCUGUUGCCAUGAAAGAGUUUGCAAUUUUUCGUCCAGCAGAAGAAGGCCUUAAAGUUACAUUAGACGAAAUGAGGUGUAUCGAAACAUCAGUCUAUAUACCAGCGAAUAUUUUUUCAAUGUAUCACAUAGCCGACGUAGACGAUAUAAAGUUCAAAAUAAAUUUAAACACUUUAACUAAUAUCUUAAAUAUAUUUGAUGAUGAUGGUACUACUUUGAAACUGACUUAUAAAUCAGUAGGAUCUCCCUUGUGUGUAACUAUUAGCCAUGGCGAAGAAAAUAUAACUGUGGAUUGUGAAAUGAAAACACUGAAUAUAGACAAUCAAGCAUCUGCAAGUUUAGCCGAGGAAUGUAAUUUGAAUAAAAUAGUUAUUAGUGCUAAUAUGUUUGCAGAACUUUUGCAAAGGCUUGAUAAUUCAGCAGAAAAUCUACAAAUAACUUUUUGUCCAGACUUUCCAUAUUUUACUUUAAAGAGUACAAGUCUGUCUGGAAUCUCGGAAGUAAGUUUAAGUAAAAAUGCAGAUUCUGUAACUAUUUUUAAAUGCAAGGAAAAAACAGAUUUUACAUACGCCUUUUCAAAUAUAAGGCAUAUAAUCAAAGUUAUGCAUUAUGCAAACAAAGUGGCUGUAUCCACAGGAGAAUCAGGUCUGUUAGGCCUCCAAUUAGUGAUUACUUCAGAAGAGAAUCAAAUGUAUGUUGAAUAUUAUGUUGUAUCCCAGUACAUGAGAGAAGAUUAAAUAAUUUUUUUAAAGAAUAUAUUUUUAAUAAAAAAAAAAUAGUUAUUGUUUAACAGAUUUCCCAACAGCUUCACUUAUAUUUUUGUAACCAUCUUUUUCUAAUAAGUCUACUAGUUCUUUCUUUAUUCUAGUGACUACUGGCGGGCCAUCAAAUGCCAAAGUGGAAUAAAUUUGAACCAGACUAGCACCAGCUUUAAUUUUUUCAUAGGCAUCUUUUCCAGUCGAAAUACCACCCACCCCUAGAAAUAAUUUACUGUAUAGCCACUAUUUGUAAUUUCAAACUUGCUCACCAAUUAUCACAGCCCCAUUAGUGAGUAGGCUCAUUUCCAUUAUCAUUUGGGUCGACAUGUCUCUUAAAGGUGCACCACUUAGUCCUCCUACUUCAUUUUUAUGGUCGCUGUUCAAUGAAGGCCUUUGCACUGUUGUAUUACAAACUAUUAAACCAUCUACCUAAUUUAUUUGUAUUUUUUUGGUAAAUGCUAAAAUUUUUAUAAAGAAAAUUCGGUCCUACCUUGCAAUCCUUUUCUUUUAUAACUUCAGCAAUAUCUUUUUUUUCCUCAUAGCUGAGAUCUGGUGCUAAUUUCAAAAGUAAUGGAGGUUUAGGAUUAACGUUCAAACUAUCUCUUGCUGCAACUACAGCUUUUAAGAGUUGCUUUAGAUUUUCUUUAUUUUGGAGGCUUCUUAA